AAACUCGGAUUGUGGAUGGAAUCCACUUGGAGGAGUCACCGUUCUUUUUCCUCAGGAAGAAAAUCCGGUAAACUUGGAAUGAUGGUUGGCGAGCGAAAGGUUAUCGAUAUCUUUUAUUUAUUUAUUUUAUGCUAAAGAGGCUUUCCACAUCCGAUCCUCCUGGUUUUACUUUCUGUACUUCUGUGCCGCAAAAUAAGGAGCAUGUCAUUCCACCAGUGGUGCCUGGGUCGUGGUGGCUUCGAUGUCCUUAAUGCAAGAUGGAUGACAGAAUCAGUUCCGGUUGCUCAACGCAGCAGAAGUAAUCGUUCUUAUGCACUCAAACCCAAUCGGCGAAGGCGGGCGAUAGAGAAUGCCCAAAUCCGACUUUCUCCACUUCACUCAGUGGACCUGAAGAUGACGAGCCCUCAGCGACGCCAAAACCUGAAGCCUUUAUCCGCGUCGGUUCCUGUUCCGCCACCGCUUGACCUCACCGAAGACAACGUGCGACAAGUCUUGACCGACGCUCGAGCGGAGCUGGGUCAGAUCUUCGAUGCUUCUGUCGGCAUCACUGGGAAGGCUGAGCUGGCAGAACUGGACGGACCUUUCGUGAAGAUUAGCCUCAGGGGUCGAUUUUGGCACAAGCGUUCCACUGUUCUCGCCAGAGUUGGUAAUUAUCUGAAGCAGAGGAUUCCGGAGAUUUUGGAGGUUGAUAUUGAAGACGAGAAACAAUUGGAUGACAGUCCUGAGAAUUUUUGAGUGAUAGGGCGAUCAUGUGGCCAGUUGUUUCGGGUAACGUCCGUAACAAGAGGCGUCGUUGCUGGAUUGUCCCCCUUCCGUACUCCCUACGUCACCAUCUUCUACGUCAUCUCAUCCCCACCAACCCUUAGCAAUUGUUUUUCUUUUAUAUCUUAUAAAAAACUUUUUUUUAUUAA